AUGGAGGAAGAAACUCCUCUUUUGGUACCAUGUUCUAUCUGUGGUAGAACUUUCAAACCAGAGUCAUUGGAAAAGCAUUACAAAGCAUGUGAAAGAAACAGCACAAAGAAGAGGAAAGUGUUUGAUUCAACAAUACAAAGAAUUCAGGGCACAGAUCUUGCUGAAUUUCUGCCAAAAAUUCUGACCAAUAAAAUUACUGAAAGAACAUCACCCAGAUCACCCAGAAAUAAACCAGAGAAGCUUACUGAGCACAACAAACCAGAGAGAAAGAAAACCCCUGAUAUAAAAUCAAAGAGUGGAAUUACCUCAGUGUCACCAAAACCACGCGACAGUGAGCAAUGCCCUCACUGUGAGAGGUCUUUCUGUCUCAAAGCCUUUGAGCGCCAUGUUGAAUGGUGCAAAGAUCGAAGAGCACCAGUAACACUGUCUCCAAAUACUUUGAAAGCCAAAGAAAUGUUGGAUGCCAGAUUGAAAUACACUGCACCAAAGUAUACUAAAAAUAAGAAGAAACAGGUCAGUGAGAAGCCUGGAACACAAUCAGAUAUCCAUGAAGAAAAGGCUAGUACACAUCACUCUGCUAAUGAAUUUGGUGUCGAAAAAGUGAAUGAUAUUGCAAGGUGCAAAUCUCAGCUAUCAAGGGCUAAGGAAAGUCUCAGUGCCCCAUCUUGUAAUUUAUCAAAGAGAUGUUCAUCUGAAGCUAGGCUAACAGAGUUAUCCCCACAAUUGGUUGAUAAAUCUGAACAACCAAGUAACUUACAUGAUGGAAAAGGGAGUUAUAGUGACACGACAAGGUGUAUAAAAACUGUUACUAAUGAUAUGAGACAGCAACUGGCAGAUGCAAGUAAUAAUAUGCCUUUUGGCUCAGGCACUACAGAACGACGAGGGUUAUCACUAAAUGAUAGUGAAACUAGUAUGGAAAAUCAGGAAUAUUUCUCUGCAGAAAAUGUUGUAGCUGAGUCACGUGGACAAGACAACAGUUUGAGUAUCACUCAGUCAUGCUAUUCAACCGAUUUCAGCCGUGAUUCUGACUGCUAUUCACAGUCUUCACCGUCUGUGCUUGAUGAUAAGGUCAGUUUAUCAGUGUGGUCCAGCAGACAAAGCAUAACCACCAAUAUUGGUGGCAUGAAAAGGGCCAAAUUUUGUCAUGAAUGUGGCUCUAAAUAUCCUAUUGAAAUGGCUAAGUUUUGUUGUGAAUGUGGAGAACAACGACUCAUCAUAAAAGAUUUGUCUCAUUCUAAGAUCUAG